UCACCAUGGGGCCUCAGCUCAACCGUCACAUGUCACCACAACAACGGAGGAGGGCCCCUCUCGAAAGGAAAUUCAUAAACAACUUGUUUCAACACGCUCAGGCACUAUUCACCUUGAACAUCCAUAACUCUCACACAGUCCAAGAGAGACCGGACCAUCUGUCCCAGAAUUCACCUAUUUGCCAUACUCAGUGUACUCUGUGCAGUGAUCAUGCCAAGCCAGUUGGAGGGAGCAAUGGAUGCUCUGAUCCGUGUCUUCCACAACUACUCAGGUAACGAAGGGGACAAAUACAAACUGAACAAAGGCGAGCUGAAAGAGCUUCUGAACAGUGAGCUCACCGACUUCCUCACAUCACAGAAGGACCCUAUGCUUGUGGAGAAGAUUAUGAAUGAUCUUGACUCCAAUAAAGACAAUGAAGUUGAUUUUAAUGAAUUUGUGGUACUGGUGGCGGCACUGACUGUUGCCUGCAAUGACUUCUUCCAGGAAAUGCAGAAAAAGAAAUGACAGUGCAGAACAUCACACACUAUAAAUUAGAUAUCUUUAGUACUCUGCUAAAAACUGUUCUGUUAGCUUGUGAUUGUAAACGUGCGCAACUAUAGUGUGCAUGACUGUGUGUGUUGUGUUUAUGUGUGUAUCUGAAUCAGAAAACUUUUCCCUUAACUAAUGUUCACUGGACACAUUUAAUUUGUGAAAUUUAUAAAUUAGAAAUUUGACUAUUGGAGUGAAAAUUAAAUAGAUUUGUUCACUUUUUCUCAAAAUCUGAAUUACUGAGUUACUGAUUGUUCAUUCAUUUAAAUACUUGCUUUUACCACACUGAGGUGUUCUCAGGCCAAAUCAGACGAUCCCUGUUGCGUGAAAUAGAGUUUGUCAUAGAUCUCAUUUAGCAGUCGCAAUUGCUGUUAAUAAGUGUCAUUAAAAUAGUACGCAAUAUAUUUAAUAAAACCUGUUUGUGCUGAA